UGUCAAGUCAACGCUGUCAUUCAGCUGAUUUCAGCUGUCUGUGCAUUGUUUAGUGAUUCACAGCGACAAAAAAUCUAAAGGAAUUAAAUAAUAUUAUUAUUAAAUACGAUAAACUACGUGACACUAUAACGUUUAAACAAUAUGCACUAAUUAAAUUGGACUUCAAAUGAGAGAAUUGUGAGAUCACAAUGUCACGAAUACACUUCGUGCAUAUUUGUUUCGUGUUACUAUAUUCCAGUGUUGGGGCUUCAGAUGAGUCGAAAAGUGAUAAAGCCGUAGACUGUAGCACGCUGCGGUUAGGACAGUUCAUAUGUCCCGAUCCUAACAUAGAUCAAAUUAGUCCAGAGACACAACAGUUUAAAGGAUGUGUUAAAGGAAAAGAAAUCCCAUCUGAAGGUGAAGCAGACGUUUUAUGUCUGGCUGCAGAAGGUAUUAUUUGCAAUGAGACAAAUAAUUCGACAUUUACGAGAAAGUUGCCAUGUAAAUGGACGAAUGGAUACUCUUUGGAGAUAGCUCUCCUUCUUUCAGUGUUUCUUGGUAUGUUUGGCUUGGAUAGGUUCUAUCUUGGAUACCCUGGUAUGGGAUUAGCCAAGCUGUGUACUUUAGGAUUCAUGUUCUUAGGACAGCUAUUGGAUGUCAUUCUUAUUGCUGCACAGGUAUUGGGCCCAGCUGAUGGCUCAGCAUAUGUAAUACCUUACUACGGAGCAGGUAUCACAGUUAUCCGCAGCACAAAUGAGACAUACCUGCUUCCCCAGGCUGACUGGCACAACAUCACCUGACAGUGGGGUACAAUAUCAUUUGAGAUAGACGAAGAUUAUGAGUGGACUUGACUUUCUGUGGUACAAGUACUAAACUGUGUUGUGUGAUGAGAAAUACUAUAUUAGAUUUAAGACUGAGGUGAGGUGUACAGUGAUUUAUAAGGUUGAAAAUUAGGGACAAUUUAUGCUACAGCAGAAUCUGUGGUAUAAUUCCUUAUUAAAGAAUUAUGACCCUUAAAUAUUUAAGAUACAGUGUAUUGCUGUACAUAAUAAUUUAUUGGUCAGAGUUUGCUGUUGUAUAAAUGAGCCCUUUGAGACUUAUCAACAUAAACAAUCUUCUUCAUCUGAAAAAGAGACAUUAAAUGAGACUAAAAACAAAUUAACUUAACUGAGUAUUGCAAUAAAUAUUAUAUUGAUUAAAUUUAUAGCCAAAUGUAAAUUUAUCAUAGAGACAUAGUGAUAUUAGAUGAAAAUUACACACUUAUCAAUGUUCCUUCUAGAUUAUGCCCUAAUACAAUCUUUUGUUUAACUUCUAAAUGUAAUUUGUUGUACUGUAAAUAAAAUAUGGUAAA